UGUGUGUGUGUGCACAUCUAAUUAUCGGUUUCCAAUAAUCACCAAAACAGAAGCCGCCUGCUUGGAACCGUAACGAUUAUCGAUAAGCGUGGAAAAGUCAAUAAUAAUAGUACUACAGUGAAUAACAGUUACACAAUGAGUACAAUGCAAAUACGUCCACUGAAGCCCGCCCUGCAGGCGAUUGCCAUCGAAGAACUAAAUGAGGUGCCCCACCGGGUGGCAGAGGACAUCGCUGCUCUGCGUGAUUGGGUGCUGAAGCAGCCACAUCUGCGCGCCUGCACCGAGGAUCAGUUUCUGUUGGCCUUUCUGCGCGGCACCAAAUUCAGCUUGGAGCGAGCCAAGCAAAAGUUCGAUCGAUUUUAUACUCUCCAAGCAUCCAUUCCCGAGGUGUUUAAUGAACGGCGAUUGGCCACGGAUCCUUUGGUGCUUGAGAUUAUACGAUCCGGCAUCUUGUUGCGCAUGCCACAGGACGAGGAUGAUGCGGGUCCUUGUGUGACCAUUAUACGCGCUGGCAGCUACGACACUUCGAGAUUUAAAUUCCAGGACAUCAUCCGAGUUGGCUCCAUGUUUGGCGAAAUAAUGAUGUUCGAGGAUGAGAAUGCCACAGUUUCCGGCUAUGUCGAAGUGAUGGACAUGAAAGGCAUCACCGGAACGCAUUUGUUUGCCCUGCAGCCGGAAUUAUUGCGCAAGUUCUCCGCGUAUGCGGAUGAAGCGAUGCCCACCAGACAGAAGGGCAUACAUUUUAUCAAUGUGCCGGCCGCUUUUGAGGCAGGUUUCAACACGUUGCGCUCCUUCUUUUCUGCCAAGAUCAAGAGUCGCAUCUCGGUGAGCUCCGAUCCGGAUGCCAUUUUCAACAUUGUGCCUCGCGAUUGUCUGCCUGUGGAAUACGGUGGAACUUUUGGCCUCAUGGAGGACAUUAGUCGCGACAUGGAAGCCAAGUUGAUGAGCUAUGAAUCCUACUUUGUGGCAUCGCAGCAUUUUGGCACCGAUGAAAAGCUUCGCGACUUUAGCAAUCCUCUAGAGGAUAAACGCUCCUCUUUUGGCGCUGUGGGUUCGUUUCGCAAGCUGGAAAUCGAUUGAUAAGCGAGGAUUAUUCCCACUCGCAUUGACAGACGGAUUAGCUUUAUUAGCACACACCACGGUUAGGUUUAAGUUGUAAGUGUUUUAUCUUAUCGCAUUACCCGAAAUGGGUUUCAAAUGCUCUAUACUCUAUAAUAAGCAGUUGUUAUUCCAUUGUCUUGCCUAAUCUAAUGUUUUUUUUUUUUAAUAUCUGCCAAUUAUAACUGUGUCUAUAAAAAGUUUUAUUGCUUUGCAAUAAUCUCUUUUUAUUCCGGAACAUUUUGUUCAUA